AUGACAAAGCGUAUUCCUACUGCUCCCCGCCGACCCAACCUACGCAUGAAUGCUGUUCUUAAUAGCACAAUUGCAGGUGUUGUUGCUCCAAUUGAUACACCAACUCCAGAAGUAGCAGUUGACACAGCCCCUGAAGUUCAAGUCGCUGUGACCCCAAUGGAUCACGUCCUUACCUUGUUGGCAGCCAACAAUGUGUCGAUGCAAUCCUUGCAAGAAAAUGCAAAAGGAGUGACUGAUGCAAUAACUCAUUUGAAGAAUGGCCUGGAUUUGUCCAACAAGACAAAUGAAUUUUUGAAGAACUCGGUCCUUCAGCUCAUGACUGAAAAUGCUGAAAUAAAAAAGGCAAUGACCAGCCAAAAUUCCGUGAUGCCUUCUGCUGUACCAGCGGAUUCUUCUUCUUCCAUGGAUGAUGAUCUUGACCUUGGAGCGAAACAUCAUCCCUUAAUUUCUCAACUUAUCAAUAGUUACAUCAAGAAACCGAACUUUGUUAGCACAGACCCGCUCAAAGUUGCUGAGAAUAAUAAUAGAUCAGCAUGGUCAAUGACUGGCACGUAUGGCGACAAGUACAACAAGACACUUGCACUGGCUCUCUUCAAGUACCUGAGACCUCAAAGAUGUUGCACAAAUGUGUCAAAGAGUGUCAUUAUGAAUAUAAUAAAGAAUCACUACCAAAAUCAAGUGCGAGUCUUCCGGACCUCAGCAGAGAAGAUUAUGGCUAGAAAUAAAGCUGGAAGAAGACGCAACAGAAAGAAGACCCUUCUUGACCGUCGUAUUAUCACGUACCAGACAUACACAGAGGCUAUUCAUGAGGGCAUGAAUCGAUAUGAUUGCGGAAAUAUUCUUUCUAUUGACGUGAUGUCUGAUGGCGAGUCGGAUGGAGAUAACAAAGUGCGGGCAUAUCGUCCCAGCUGGAGAACUGAUGAGCUCCAGACGUUUAUUAGUACUAUUGAUGAACUUACUGUUAUCCGUUUGAAGAAAAAUUCAGAAAGCUUGAAAAAGUGCAUCCCUUAUGAGAAAGAAGUGAGCAUUCCCGAGAAUUUGGCAGUCACUACCAGAUUGGUGCUUUUCAAAAUAAAUCAUUUUUUUCUUGCCAACUAUUUUAGAGUCUUUUUUCUACUUGUUUAUGUUUACGGAUUAGCAUGA